GGCGGCGGGAGACUGCGCUGGGCGGGCGGCCGUGCCGGGCGGGCGGCGGCGGUGGUGAUGGGGCCGUGUUGAGCCUCCGCGGGUGCCCAUGAGGCGCCGGGCAGAGCCGAGCCGAGCCGCGCGGGCUCCAGCCAUGCAUCCCGGUGCGCCCGCGGGCACAUGGGGCAGCGCUUGAACCGCUGCCUCGAUGUCCCCGUCGCGUUGCCGCCGCUGAGGCGGAGGCUGCUGCUGCUCUUCAUCAUGCUCUUCCUCUGGCUCUAUAUGUUCUACUCCUGCGCCGGCUCCUGCGCCGGGCUGACGACCCGCGGGUCACCCGCGCCGCCCCGCGCCGCCCCGCCGCUGCCCCCACUGCUGCCGGGAGAGCCGGGCGAGGAGACAAGCCUGGAGGAGCAGCGGGUAGCGCCCGACGCCGGCAGCUCCAUGUCCAGCUUCUUCAACGGUUCCGGUACCAAGCGGCUUCCGCAGGCCAUCAUCAUCGGCGUCAAGAAGGGGGGGACGCGGGCGCUGCUGGAGUUCCUGCGGGUGCAUCCCGAUGUGCGCGCCGUCGGCGCCGAGCCCCACUUCUUCGACCGCAACUACGAGCGGGGACUCGCCUGGUACAGGGACCUGAUGCCCAGGACUCUGGAGGGGCAGAUCACCAUGGAGAAGACCCCCAGCUACUUUGUCACCAAGGAGGCCCCAGCCCGCAUCUCCUCCAUGUCCAAAGUCACCAAGCUGAUCGUGGUGGUGCGGGACCCCGUGACCAGAGCCAUCUCAGACUACACCCAGACGCUCUCCAAGAAGCCUGACAUCCCCACCUUUGAGAGCCUGACCUUCAAAAACAGGACUACGGGCCUGAUAGACACCUCAUGGAGCGCCAUCCAGAUUGGCAUCUAUGCCAAGCACCUGGAGAACUGGCUCCUCUACUUCCCCAUCGGGCAGAUCCUCUUCGUCAGCGGGGAGAGGCUGAUCAGUGAUCCUGCGGGGGAGCUGGGCAGGGUCCAGGACUUUCUGGGCCUCAAAAGGAUCAUCACUGACAAACAUUUCUACUUCAACAAAACCAAGGGCUUCCCUUGCCUGAAGAAGGCAGAGGGCAGCAGCAAACCCCACUGCCUGGGGAAGACAAAAGGCAGGACCCACCCUGACAUUGACCAGGAGGUGGUGCAGAGGCUGCGAGACUUCUACCGGCCCUUCAACAUGAAGUUCUACCAGAUGACAGGGCAGGACUUUGGCUGGGACUGAGCCUGGAAUGGGAAAGUCCCUUGUUAUUACUUGCCCAGCACGGUUUGCUUAUACAAAGAGAUAUAUGUAUGUAAAAUGUACAGAAAUCUAUUUUAUAAUAAUUUAUUUUUAAUUCCUAAGCAAUUAAUUCACUAAGCUGCCUAACCGCACUGGCUAGAGCGGUAGCCUGUAACCUGUUUAACAUUCCAUGGUGUUUAAUUCUAAUAUCUCUCCUUUCCUUGUUUUUUUUCCCCUUCUGCUUUCUCUUUGGUUUGGUUUAUAACAGACAGUGCUUCCACUUUUCUUAAACAAAAUUUGUAUUUAAAAUUGAAAAUAAGCAAGGGAGGGAAGGGAGGGAAAGCACAAGUAUAUUUUUGUUACGGGUAUCUGGCCUUUAUAAACAUUUGCUUUCCCUAUUCCAGUGUCCCAGUCUUUGCUCUGCUGUUGUGCCCCCUUAUCCCACCGUUUUUUGGUUAGUUCCAUGGCCCUGGGGGGUAUUUCUCUGGGGUGAGGUGGGAAGGAAGGCUGGGAAUCCUUGCACCCCACAUACUGCUGAGCAGCAGCGUGUUUUCCCAGUGACUGUAAGUGUGGGAACCCCAAGCCCUAGGGCUCCUGCUCAGGAUUGCCAGGAGGGCAAUGUGCUCUUUCUCCAGCAGAGAAGCUGCAGAGCCUGUUGCAUGGGCAGAGCUCUCCUCAGUACAGUUUUCCUUUCUGCAUUUUGUCCAGGAGGUUCUUUCCCACAAUCCCUCUAUGCAUUUAAAAUCUUUACUGCAGGACAAAUGUAAAAUGCUGUCUGUGUGUGACGUGUGGUGCUGGUCAGAGUGACUUGCACUCCAGGAGCACCCAUGCAUGCCAGGCAGUGCUGGGAGAUGGCAGUGCCUGCAGCACAUGGAGCACCCUCCACCCACCAAAGACACCAGCAGAACCACUGGGAAAACCUCAGGUGUCUGCCUGGCAUCAUGCCCCGCUUGGAAUGUGUCCCAGGACAUGGCACAGGCACUGUUACCUCCAGCCCCACGGCCACCGCAGCACCUCCCAGUACAUAAGGAGCCUGGGGAACAUCACCCUUAGCCCUCUUAAUUCCCAUCACUUUUUGGUCCAGCACCCUAUCUGUGGUCUCUCCCAAGGAGCAUCAUUUGCUCAGAGCCAAGAAGUGCUGCUUUACCAAAAAGGGUGAAUCUGUAAGAAGGCAGAGAGGAAUCUGGGCAUGCCAGGGCUGGGGUAUUCCUGGUAGUCCCUGGGUGCCCUGGCUGAGCACAGGGGUGACAGCCAGGUAGGGCAGGAGACUCCAAAUAUAUAACCAUCAACCUGAAUGAAACCCUUCUCCUUGGGUGUAACCAGUUGCUGUGAGACUCCAGGAUGGGUUAGGUGGGCUGUCCUGAGAGCGCUGCCAGUGUUUUGUGAGCUCAGGAGGUCCUGAUAAGCACUGUGUGUGUCUGAUGCCUUACCAUUGCUGUCAGAGGGUCUGCCAGCUUGACUGGAACACUUUAAGAGUGAGGUGGCAGCAGACGUGAUUUUCUCAUUGAAUUUUUAACAGAAACAGAGUUGUGAUGUCUUUGGGCAGCAAAAUGCCCCACACCUCACCUGCAGCACUGAAAUGAUGCACUGCACCAAGCAUCUCCUGGUGUUGCUGUGGGAGCACUUCCAUAAGCAGUAUGAGUGAAACUGGAAACAACAAAAGCAUCAAUGGGCAGAACAUCUAAUUUCUUAUGCAUUGCCAAUAGAAAUCCUGUCCCUGCACCUUUCCACAAUUACCCAUUGCUCCUCCUUGGAGCUGCCCAUUUGCUGAGCUGUGCCUAGCUGUGUGUGGCCCAUUCAGUGGUGUUUCCCAAAUAUUUGUUUUACUUUUGCAGCCUCUUCGCUCUUGCCUGCUCCUUCCAUCUCUCUGCUGUGGUUGUUGGGUGAUGAAAAUGUUCCUCAGAACCUGGGCUGGUCUGUCUGAGUCUUGAUCUAGUCCUGCUCUGACAGAGCAAAGAGCAGACUCAGCUCUGAGUCUGCUGCAGGUGCCAGGCAGCUGCCUUUUUGAGCUUUGUUUAAACCUGAGGGCUUUUGGUUUGGCUCAGCAGUGUCACACCUCCAAAGGGAUUUAGGGACUCACGCGACUGCGUGUGGGUUCACACUUCGGGUUCAAUGCACAUGGGUGACCUCAAGGAAAAAGAGAUUUUCAGCAUAGCAUCAUUAGGCUAAGCUGCCUACAAAACUCCUGUGAGCGGGAUGCAAAUCUCUCCUUGGGGUUUGUCUCCAAACGCAUCUUCCACAAACAGGGAAGUUCUCUUUCUUGCCCUGAGCCACUUCUAGUGAAGAAAUGACACGUUGGGCCAGUGCAGUCUGACUUCAGGGGGUACAGUGGAUAUGUGGGACAUGCUGGGCUGUGGAGGCUGACAGCCCCUGCUUUCCCCCUGUCCUGCAAAAUCCAACUGCAGGCCUGAGUGGCUGGGUGGAUCUAUGCACUUUUGAGGGGUUUGGCCUCAACUCCAGCCAGGUUUCUGGCCCUGUUUCCUGCUGCCAGGACAGUUGACAAAUGCAGGAGUGUGUCUGCUUUAUCCCAGACCCUGCAACUGUUGGGUGACUGAGGCGAAGGAGCUGCAGGCACUGAGAAGAAAAUACUUCCUGGUGGAAAAACAAGUGAUUUUUUGUUUUCAAAACCUCAGUCUUCCUUCUAGCAGCUUAUGCAAUGCCUGAAAGAAGCUUGACCUCUCCACUUGGCCCUUGGGUGAGCUCCCAGCUGUGGCCAUGCCACUUCCCAGACCAUUUCCCUGGUGGAGCCUCCAGGACCUGUAUGUUGGCAUGGGCUCCUUUCCAGGUGCUUCCCCCCAGAGUGUGUGCCAGCUGCUCAGUGCCAGAAGAGUUUUGCAUCCCCUAUGUCUUCCUUGCUUUCCUGGAAACAAGUUUUCAAUAUCCCAAUGCCUUCCUCAGCUGUACAGCAGAGUGUGGGCUUAAUUUGUAUAUCAAGCCCUGCUGCAAAGAACUCUUGUGGAGCAAACUUGUUGGAGAGUGGAAAUACAGAGAGUGAGGAAUAGCUCUUCUAACCAUAAGCAAAUUCUGAGUCAAUAUCCUUCAUAAUGAAGUCUGCACUAGACUUUUAAUGUAAAAAAGCCUUACCUAACAAAUAUGACAAUGAAGGUGAAUUAACUGUGGUGUUCAUCUGGUUGCUAAUAUUGGAAUGAGUGCAUUUUUUUAAUAUACCCCCCCCUUUAUUUUUAAAUUAAGCUUGGAGAUGUGAGUAGAAGUUUGCUUGGUUGAUUUCUUUUUCACAUUGUAACAUUAAUUUAUGACUGAGUUUCAUUCAGUCCUGUAUUCGGAAGUGCAGUAUAGAUAUUAGUGAUGUGUUGUCUGUAACAUGGUUCUCAUAGUGUAGUAGCCAAUUUGUAAAAAAAAAGAACAAAAUAGAAAGAAAAACAAACAAACAAAAAAAAAGCCACAAAAAAGAAAAUCUAAAAAAAAGUAUAUGCAAUAUUUUGUGGUAUGUACAACACAAAUUAAUUUUACACAGAGAAAGAUGUUUCUAGGAAAAUGAAAUUCUGAUAAUUCAUACUAUUUGUAUGAACAAAUAAAAGCUCUAUUUUACGAA